CCCCCUAGCGCGGGAGCCGGGCGGGCCGCGGCGAUGGAGCCGCACGUGCUCGGCGCGGGGCUCUACUGGCUGCUGCUGCCCUCGGCGCUGCUGGCGGCCGCCCUGCUGCGCAUCAACGUCCUCUCCCUGGUCUACCUGCUGGUGCUGCUGCUGCUGCCCUGGCUCCCGGGCCCCACGAGGCACAGUGUCCCAGGUCACACAGGUCGCCUCCUCCGUGCCCUGCUCUGCCUCAGUCUCCUCUUCCUGGCGGCUCACCUGGUCUUCCAGAUUUGUCUGCACACUGUGCCCCGCCUGGACCAGCUCCUGGAGCAAAGCUGCAGCCGCUGGGAGAACCUCUCUCGACAUAUUGGGGUCACAAGACUGGACCUGAAGGACAUUCCCAACACGAUCCGGCUGGUGGCCCCUGACCUGGGCAUCCUCGUGGUCUCCGCGGUCUGCCUGGGUCUCUGCGGGCACCUCACGAGGAAAGCGCGGCAGAGCCGGCACACCCGCGAGCCGGACACUGAGGAGGCGGAGGGGGACGGUGAGCCCCCAGCAGGCCCACAGGAAGCCUCUGCAGUGGGACCCAGGCGCAGGCUGUGGCUCGCCCCCCGGUUCUGGGUCACCGCGCACUGGCUGCUGGUGGCCGCCGGGCGGAUGCUGGCCAUCACACUGCUGGCGCUGGCAGGUAUCGCCCAACCCUCGGCCUUCUCUAGCGUCUACCUGCUGCUCUUCCUGGCCAUCUGCACCUGGUGGGCCUGCCACUUUCCCAUCAGCCCCCUGGGCUUCAGCGCGCUCUGUGUUGUGGUGAGCUGCUUCAGCACCGGCCAUCUCCUCUGCCUCUACUGCUACCAGAUGCCCAUUGCACAGGCUCUCCUCCCGCCGGACGACCUCUGUGCCAGGUUGUUCGGUCUCAAGGACUUUGUGGGUCCCACCAACUGCUCCAGUCCCAAUGCCCUGGUGCUGAACACCAGCCACGACUGGCCGAACUACGUGAGCCCCGGCAUCCUGCUGCUGCUCCACUACACGGCCACCUCGCUCCUGAAGCUCCGUCGGCGUCGCCCCUUGGACCAGAGGAAGGAAGUGGCCAGCGAGGAUGAGCAACAUGAGCUGGAGCUGGAUCAGCUGGAGCGGGGGACCCAGGGCCAGCCCUGCGCUGCCGCUGGAGAUGGGGAGGCCAUGCAGUGCCCAGCGCCCACGUCCACGGGGCCCGACACCAGCAACUGCAUUGUGCACGACCUGACCGGCCAGAGCCCCAUCCGGCAGCGCCCCGUGCACCCCAGGCUGGCUCAGCCGAGAGAGACGUCGCCGCUGCACGGCCUGGGCCACCUCAUCAUGAACCAGAGCUACGUGUGCGCCCUCAUCGCCAUGAUGGUGUGGAGCAUCACCUACCACAGCUGGCUGACCUUUGUGCUGCUGCUCUGGGCCUGCCUCAUCUGGACGGUGCGCAGCCGUCAACAGCUGGCCAUGCUGUGCGCGCCCUUCCUCCUGCUCUACGGGCUGACGCUCUGCUGCCUGCACUACGUGUGGGCCAUGAAGCUGCCCACCACCCUGGGCCCCGUCAGCCUCCGCCAGCUGGGGCUGCAGGACACUCGCUACCCCUGCCUGGACCUCGGCGCCAUGCUGCUCUACAUGCUGACCUUCUGGCUCCUGCUGCGCCAGUUUGUGAAGGAGAAGCUGCUGAAGAGGGCAAAGCCGGCCGCCGCGUUGUUAGAGGUCACGGUGGCCGACACAGAGCCCACGCGGAUGCAGAUACUGCUCCGGAGCCUGGGGGAGCUGGUCACGGGCAUCUACGCCAAGUACUGGAUCUACGUGUGUGCCGGCAUGUUCAUCGUGGUCAGCUUCGCCGGCCGCCUGGUGGUCUACAAGAUCGUCUACAUGUUCCUCUUCCUCCUGUGCCUCACCUUGUUCCAGGUCUACUACAGCCUGUGGCGGAAGCUGCUGCGCGUGUUCUGGUGGCUCGUGGUGGCCUACACCAUGCUGGUGCUCAUCGCCGUGUACACCUUCCAGUUCCAGGACUUCCCCGCUUACUGGCGCAACCUGACCGGCUUCACGGAUGAGCAGCUGGGGGACCUGGGCCUGGAGCAGUUCAGUGUGUCGGAGCUCUUCUCCAGCAUCUUCAUCCCCGGCUUCUUCCUGCUGGCCUGCAUCCUGCAGCUGCACUACUUCCACCGGCCCUUCAUGCAGCUCACCGACCUGGAGCACGUGUCCCCGCCCGGCACCCGGCGCGCACGCUGGGCCCGCAGGCAGGACACCGUGAGUGAGACCCCUCUGCUGCAGCAGGAAGAGGAGCUGGCCUUCAGGGAGGAUGGCCCCCUCCACACCUCACAGGCCGCUGAGGGUUCAGUCAGCAAGUGGGGCCUGGUGGCUGAGCGGCUGCUGGACCUUGCGGCCAGCUUCUCGGAUGUCCUCUCUCGCGUGCAAGUGUUCGUGCGCCGUCUGCUGGAGCUGCACGUCUUCAAGCUGGUGGCCCUGUACACCGUGUGGGUGGCGCUGCGGGAGGUGUCGGUGAUGAACCUGCUGCUGGUGGUGCUGUGGGCCUUCGCCACGCCCUACCCCCGCUUCCGGCCCAUGGCCUCCUGCCUGUCCACCGUGUGGACCUGCAUCAUCAUCGUGUGCAAGAUGCUCUACCAGCUCAAGGUCGUCAACCCCCACGAGUACUCCAGCAACUGCAGCCAGCCCCUCCCCAACAGCACCAACCUGCUGGCCUCGGAGAUCAAGCAGUCCUUGCUGUACCGCGGGCCCGUCGACCCGGCCAAUUGGUUUGGGGUGCGGAAGGGCUUCCCCAACCUGGGCUACAUCCAGAAUCACCUGCAGGUGCUGCUGCUGCUCGUGUUUGAGGCCAUGGUGUACCGGCGCCAGGAACACUACCGCCGGCAGCACCAGCAGGUCCCGCUGCCUGCCCAGGCCGUGUGUGCCGACGGCAGCCGCCAGCAGCUGGACCAGGACCUGCUCAGCUGCCUCAAGUACUUCAUCAACUUCUUCUUCUACAAGUUUGGGCUGGAGAUCUGCUUCCUCAUGUCUGUGAAUGUGAUCGGUCAGCGCAUGGACUUCAUGGUCAUCCUGCACGGCUGCUGGCUGGUGACCAUCCUGACCCGCCGGCGCCGGGGGGCCAUCGCCCGCCUCUGGCCCAACUACUGCCUGUUCCUCACCCUCUUCCUGCUCUACCAGUACCUGCUGUGCCUGGGCAUGCCGCCCGCCCUGUGCGUCGACUACCCAUGGCGCUGGAGCCAGGCCAUCCCCAUGAACUCCGCCCUCAUCAAGUGGCUGUACCUGCCUGACUUCUUCAGAGCCCCCAACUCCACCAAUCUCAUCAGUGACUUCCUCCUGCUGCUCUGCGCAUCCCAGCAGUGGCAGGUGUUUGCGGCCGAGCGCACCGAGGAGUGGCAGGGCAUGGCUGGGCGCAACACCGACCAGCUGCCGCUGCUGCAGGAGGAGCCCAACCCCGUGCCCAACUUCAUCUACUGCAGGUCCUACCUGGACAUGCUGAAGGUGGCCGUGUUCCGCUACCUCUUCUGGUUCGUGCUCGUGGUGGUGUUUGUCACGGGGGCCACCCGCAUCAGCAUCUUCGGGAUGGGCUACCUGCUGGCCUGCUUUUACCUGCUGCUCUUCGGGACCACGCUGCUGCAGAAGGACACGCGGGCCCAGCUCGUGCUGUGGGACUGCCUCAUCCUGUACAAUGUCACGGUCAUCAUCUCCAAGAACAUGCUCUCGCUCCUGUCCUGUGUCUUUGUGGAGCAAAUGCAGAGCGCCUUCUGCUGGGUGAUCCAGCUUUUCAGCCUGGUGUGCACCGUCAAAGGCUACUACGACCCCAAAGAGGUGAUGAGCAGGGACAAGGACUGUCUGCUGCCUGUGGAGGAGGCUGGCAUCAUCUGGGACAGCGUCUGCUUCUUCUUCCUGCUGCUUCAGCGGCGCGUGUUCCUCAGCCACUACUUCCAGCACGUCAGCGUGGACCUGCAGGCCACAGCCCUGCAGGCCUCCAGGGGCUUUGCCCUCUACAAUGCGGCCAACCUCAAGAGCAUCGACUUCCACCGCAAGACGGAAGAGAAGUCCCUGGCCCAGCUGAAGAGACAGAUGAAGCGCAUCCGUGCCAAGCAGGAGAAGUACAGACAGGGCCGCGCGGGCCGCGGCCGAGCCCGGUCCCCCGAUGCCGAGGACCCCGACCAGGAGCCAGGGCCUGUCAGCCCCGGGGGCUCCUCCCUGCCACGCAGACAAUGGUGGCGCCCCUGGCUGGACCACGCCACAGUCAUCCACUCCGGGGACUACUUCCUGUUUGAGUCGGAUAGUGAGGAGGAAGAGGAGGCCCUGCCCGAGGACCCCAGGCCCUCAGCCCAGAGUGCCUUCCAGAUGGCGUACCAGGCGUGGGUGACCAAUGCGCGGACGGUACUCAGGCAGCGGCAGGAGCGGGCAGGGCACCUGCAUGCGGGAGGCAGCCCCAGCCAGGAAGAGCAGCCGGCGGAGGCCCUGGAGAAUGAGGCGGCAGGCCGGAGCCACAUGCUACAGCGUCUGCUGAACACGCUGCAGUUCCUGUGGGUGCUGGGGCAGGCCACGGUGGACGGGCUGACGUGCUGGCUUCUGGCCUUCACGAGACACCACCACACCAUGAGUGACGUGCUGCGGGCCGAGCGCUACCUGCUCACGCAGGAGCUCCUGCGGGGCGGGGAGGUGCACCUGGGCGUGCUGGAUCAGCUUUACUUCGAGGAAGCUGAGACCGUCCUGGAGGGCCGCGACGGGCCCAGCGCGGCCUCAAGCGGGCUGGGGCCCGAGGAGCCGCUGAGCAGCAUGACAGAUGACACGGGAAGCCCCCUGAGCACCGGCUACAACUCCCGCAGCGGCAGCGAAGAAAUUGUCUCAGACUCAGGGGAUCCCGAGGCUGGGGGUCCCCUGCAGGGUUCCCAGGAGCUGCUGGCCCAUGCUCACACGCGCACGCGCACAGCCAGCGAGCUGCUCCUGGACAGGCGUCUGCACAUCCCGGAGCUGGAGGAGGCAGAGCAGUUCGAGGCCACCCAGGGCCGGACGCUGCGGCUGCUGUGGGCGCUCUACCAGUGCGUGGCCGCGCACUCAGAGCUGCUCUGCUACUUCAUCAUCCUCCUCAACCACAUGGUCACAGCCUCGGCCGCGUCGCUGGUGCUGCCCGUGCUGGUCUUCCUGUGGGCCAUGCUGACCAUCCCCAGGCCCAGCAAGCGCUUCUGGAUGACGGCCAUCGUCUUCACGGAGGUCAUGGUGGUCACCAAGUACCUGUUCCAGUUCGGCUUCUUCCCGUGGAACAGCCACACAGUGCUGCGGCGCCAGGAGAACAAGCCGUACUUCCCGCCGCGCAUCCUGGGCCUGGAGAAGACGGACGGCUACAUCAAGUACGACCUGGUGCAGCUCAUGGCCCUCUUCUUCCACCGCUCCCAGCUGCUGUGCUACGGCCUCUGGGACCACGAGGAGCACCCCCUCUCCAAGGAGCACAGCAGGAGCAGGGGGCAGGGCCCGGGGGCGGAGGAGAGGCCCGUCGCCCCGCCAGGACCCCAGGCUGAGGUGGGCACAGGGUAUCCAGAGGGACCGGGGCUGCCUGCGGCCACCACGGACAUCCAGGGAGAAGCGAGCGUUGGAGCCAAAGACGGGAGCCCAGAGCCUCAAGCGGAGCUCAGAGCCCAGGACUCAAGGCACCUGAGCCUGCGCUUCAGAGGAAGACAGCAGAGCCCAGCCGUCGAGUCUAACGACAGGGAGGAAGAGGAGGAGACACAGGACACAGGAAGACAGCAGCCAAGCCUCUGCCGAGAAAGAAUGAAGGCAGCUGGGCGCCGGCUGCAGAGCUUCUGCCUGAACCUGGCCCAGAGCGUGUCCCAGCCCCUGCGGCAGUUCUUCCACGACAUUCUGCACACCAAGUACCGAGCGGCCACCGACGUGUAUGUGCUCAUGUUCCUGGCAGACGUAGUUGACUUCAUCAUCAUCAUCUUUGGCUUCUGGGCCUUUGGGAAGCACUCGGCGGCCACGGACAUCACGUCCUCACUGUCGGACAACCAGGUGCCCGAGGCCUUCCUGGUCAUGCUGCUCAUCCAGUUCAGCACCAUGGUCAUCGACCGUGCCCUCUACCUGCGCAAGACCGUGCUGGGCAAGCUGGCCUUCCAGGUGGUCCUGGUGCUGGCCAUCCACCUCUGGAUGUUCUUCAUCCUGCCGGCUGUCACAGAGAGGAUGUUCCGCCAGAACACCGUGGCCCAGCUGUGGUACUUCGUAAAGUGCAUCUACUUUGCCCUGUCCGCCUACCAGAUUCGGUGCGGCUACCCGACCCGCAUCCUUGGCAACUUCCUCACCAAGAAGUACAACCAUCUGAACCUCUUCCUCUUCCAGGGGUUCCGGCUGGUGCCGUUCCUGGUGGAGCUGAGGGCAGUCAUGGACUGGGUGUGGACGGACACCACCCUGUCCCUGUCCAACUGGAUGUGUGUGGAGGACAUCUACGCCAACAUCUUCAUCAUCAAGUGCAGCCGGGAGACAGAGAAGAAAUACCCGCAGCCCAAAGGGCAGAAGAAGAAGAAGAUCGUCAAGUACGGCAUGGGCGGUCUCAUCAUCAUCUUCCUCAUCGCCAUCAUCUGGUUCCCGCUGCUCUUCAUGUCUCUGGUGCGCUCUGUGGUGGGCGUGGUCAACCAGCCCAUCGACGUCACCGUCACCCUCAAGCUGGGGGGCUACGAGCCCCUGUUCACCAUGAGCGCCCAGCAGCCCUCCAUCGUGCCCUUCACGCCCCAGGCUUAUGAGGAGCUGUGCCGACAAUUUGACACCCACCCGCUGGCCAUGCAGUUCAUCAGCCAGUACAGCCCUGAGGACAUCGUCACGGCGCAGAUCGAGGGCAGCUCGGGGGCGCUGUGGCGCAUCAGCCCGCCCAGCCGCGACCAGAUGAGACGAGAGCUGUACAACGGCACGGCCGACAUCACCCUGCGCUUCACCUGGAACUUCCAGAGGGACCUGGCCAAGGGUGGCUCGGUGGAGUACACCAACGAGAAGCACACCCUGGAGCUGGCCCCCAACAGCACAGAGCGCCAGCAGCUGGCCCGCCUGCUGGACGGCACGUCUGACCACUCCGUGGUCAUCCCCCACCUUUUCCCCAAGUACAUCCGGGCCCCCAAUGGGCCAGAAGCCAACCCCGUGAAGCAGCUGCAGCCAAUGGAAGAAGCCGACUACCUCGGUGUGCGCAUCCAGCUGUGGAGGGAACGAGGGGGAGCGGGGGCUGCCGGCUUCCUGGAGUGGUGGGUCAUCGAGAUGCAGGACUGCCACAGCAACUGCAACUUGCUGCCCAUGGUCAUCUUCAGUGACAAGGUCAGCCCGCCCAGCCUUGGCUUCCUGGCCGGCUAUGGGAUCAUGGGGUUGUACGUGUCCAUUGUGCUGGUCAUCGGCAAGUUUGUGCGGGGCUUCUUCAGCGAGAUCUCACACUCCAUCAUGUUUGAAGAGCUGCCUUGCGUGGACCGCAUUCUCAAGCUGUGCCAGGACAUCUUCCUGGUGCGGGAGACUCGCGAGCUGGAGCUGGAGGAGGAGCUGUAUGCGAAGCUCAUCUUCCUGUACCGCUCGCCAGAGACCAUGAUCAAGUGGACGCGAGAGAAGGAGUGAGCCCCGCCUUCCCGCCCUGGGUGCUGGGAAUGAAGGAGCCGCCAGCACAGGCGGCACUGUUGACUGGGGUGGCUGCUCCCCGGCCCCAAGCCCACCAGCUGUGACAACUCCACGGCCCACCCGAGCCCCGAUGCUGCUGUCAGAAGGACGCUGUGUCCCACCCGAGCCCCGUGGGCCUAGCCUAGUCCACGGCCAGCCAGCUGGGCCUGGAGGCCCAGCCCCAUGCGUACUGUAGAGUUUUCUAAUUAAAAAUGUUUUUAUUUAUACAAAUAGACAA